AUGCUCCAGCAGGAGCAUACGAACCUGCAGAACAUGGUGAGCAGUCGACUGCGUGAGGUGAAACUGCUCUACAGUCUGCUACAACAGGUUGGCCAUACUCCGCCGAAGCACAUGGAUGAGCUCCUGGCCGCAGGCGCUUCCUCCUCUUCCUCCUCCGCUUUCUCCUCCCUGCCAUCGUCGACUGAAACCCUCCCCCCAUUUGACGCCCUGUCGAGCCCGCAAAAUCCCUUUGAGGGCUCAUCGCCUUCUUCAUCCCGUGCUUCAACCACUUCCAUCACAGCGGCCUCUGCCAGCAUGCUGGACCUCCUCGUUGCGGAGGAGUCUCCUGGUCCCUGUGGCACUCUUCCUCCCCCAAACUAA